AUGCUUCAGGGCAUUGUUAGCGCAGGAGCUCCUGGGCAAGACAGGCUUGGACGGAAAGGUGAUGGAAUGCAACCAGCACUUGUCAACAUUGAUUAUAACCACAUAGUUUCAUGCGGUGUCGGCUGGCGGCAUAAUGUUGUUGUAUAUGAGAAUGGACGAGCAUAUGGAUGGGGCUGUAAUGAUGAAAAGCAACUUGGAAACUUACCAUCUGAAGUACCUGUUCCUAUGUUUAUGUCUUCUUUUAAAGAUUUUCAUGUUACAUGGGUGCAUUGUGGUGAUAGAAUUACAGUUAUUCUAACAGAUACAGGCGAAGCAUAUGCCAUAGGCUCAAUGUAUGGUGAAAAUCCAGUUCGUUUACAGUCUUCUCAGCCAUUUGUUUUUUGCACUUGCAGUCUUGGCGCAGUUUACGCACUUGAUUGCAAUGGUGACAUUUUUUCAUGCACAACACAAACAGGCAAAGGUGUUGUCAGCCAUUUACCUGAACCUGUUUGCGAUAUCGCCGUCGGAAGUACUUUUUGCCUUGCAGUUACUGUAUCCGGCAUUGCUUAUGCAAAAGGAAACGAUGCAGCUUGUGGCUGCGGAUCAUCAUCUCCUUCUGAUGCUUUUCAACCAAUUUCAUCAUUAAUCGGCAUUAAAAUCUCACGCGUCGUCGCUUACGGAUCACACUCCAUUGCAAUAGCAAGGGAUGGCAGAGUAUUUGUUUGCGGUACCACAUCUGAUGGAAGAAUUGGAGUUCCUGACGCUAGUUCUCCAAUUUCUUCUUUUCAACAACUAAAAACAUUCAACGGUGAAAAAAUCAUCGAUGCAGACUGCGGAGAUGCACAUUCGAUAUUUCUUACAAAGGAUGGACACGCUUAUGCAUGCGGAGUUUCUACAGAUGGAAGAACUUUGUGUGGAAGACAAGAUUCGUUCUUGGAACCGGUGAAAGCUGAUUUAUCUGGUGUUACUUACAUCAGAUGUGGCUGCUUCCACAGUAUUGCCUUCGUAAAUAUGCCGGCGCCAGUUCAUCCUGGAUUAUUAUUUUUCGGAUUACUUGUGGGAAGCGUCAGAUCCCCUCAUUGCGUUAAAUUAUCACGAGAAAUUACAGCAGACGUCUCACCACGUUCUGUUUCGAUGUACGGAUUCUUAAUUGGAGAUACAGUUACAAUUGAUGACCAAUCGACUGGAAUUGUACUCGGUGUUGUAGGAGAUAAAAUUUGUUGCAGCGUCGACGGAGAAUUAAAAACUUUCAAGAAAAGAAUCAUCAAAUUUCAAAAAAGAUCAACAGAUCCACUCAAAACAGUUAAAACUAGCUCAGGAAUGGAAAUACUUAUCGAUACGAAAGAGGAAUUAUGCCUCUCUUUCGGCCUUUUACCGGGAGAUGUAGUAUCUCAUCCAGUUCUUGGCCGUGGAGUGGUCGAAGGUUUUUCACGAGGCACAAUUUGGUUCACAUUCGACUCACAUCAAGGUUGUGUCCGUGCAAAGUCUCUUGGCUUAGCAGGAAUUUUCUCAUCUCUCAAAUUAAUCGAAAGUCGCCGUAAAUUUGUCAAUGUUGAAUGCAGCGAUGGUAUUACAUAUCCAGCAGAGAUUACGCGUACAUACACAGUUUUGACUCCAGACUCAUCUGUCGGAACAGUUAUUGGAACAAUCGGAAUUUACCUUUGCGUAGAAGACUGCGAAACCAAGAAAAAGUCUCUUUUCCUCAAAUCCAAAUGCGUUGAGACACUUCGCAAUGAAUCUUUUGAACAAAACGACGUAGUUCUUACUGAAAAAGGAAUUUCAUUCAUUGUCAACGUAUUUAAGGGGAAGGUUCAGGUUCACCCCCUCACAAAUAUUCUUAAAAAUCUCCCCUCAAUUUUAAUUGAGAACGAUAAAGUAUCGUUAAUUGCAAGGGUUAUUGGACAAGGUGAAAUGACCGUAGAUGGCCACAAGAUAGACAUAAGUGUAGAGUCAUCCAGGAAGCUGAACUCCAUCGCAAUACCAGGAGACAUUUUCGCAACAGAAGAUGAUGGUUUCGUUACAAUUUUAGGUGUCGAAAAUAAUAAAAUUGUUUUCAGAAAUCAAAAAGGUGACAUCAGGGAAUUUAAAAACGGCUCUUUAGUUUCAAGGAACGUUUCAAAGUGCAAGAGGGUAUUUACAAUACCAAGGACAGGUGCAAUUGAACUUUCCAUAUAUACAAGAGACUUUAGAGGCUUGAUUUUCGUUCCUGGAGAUGAAUUUACUUUUGAUUCAAAGAAUUUCGUCGCUCUCGGUACUCGUGAUGGAUACUUAUGGGCAAAUGAAGUCGGAACUGGCGUAAUGAAAUGCUUCCAACCACAGGUUUUGCAAAAAGCAGAAUUAUUCGCAAAACCAACAAAGAACAUUGACAUCUUUUUUCACUAA